AUGCGCAGUGCGCUUUUGCUUACUCUUCUGCCCCUGGCUUUGGGCUGUGACAAUCCUGCCAACGAUGCCUGCGCUGCCGCUUAUACUGCGUCCAGGUCUGACGCCGAGGCCUUCUGUGCUACUUUCACUACAGGCUCAGUGACAGCGACCACGGACCUUCCUACCUUCGCUUCGGCCUGUGAUAACAACAUCAAGCACCUCUCCAGUGCAUGCAGCUGCAUUGACACCGCGUGGACCACCGCUGCUGCUGGUGAAGCUUCUUCCGAGGAGCCUGUGACCACUAGCGAUGCUGCUCCUACCGUUCCUACUGCGACUAGCGAGGUAAUCGCUACUUCUACCCCGGUGAAGGUUACCUCUCCCACAACCCUAGUCAAAGCCACCCGGUCUGCUAUCACCUCCGUCACUGCUGCACCUGUUGUUGCCGACUCGGUUUCUCAAGCUAGUGGAACUGGUACAACUUGUGUGGUGACUGCUUAUGCUUCGAUCUCCUCUGCCGUCGAGUCUUGCACCAACAUCGUGCUUUCCAACAUCUCGGCUCCUCCUUCCAGCACUAUUGACUUGCAGAGCCUUCAGACUGGCGCCACUGUCACCUUUGCCGGUACUACGACAUUUGGCGACACCUUCGAUGAGGACUUUGAUCCUAUUGUCAUCUCCGGACAUGACAUUACUAUUACGGGUGCUUCUGGACAUGUCAUUAACGGCAACGGCGAGGCCUACUGGGAUGGUGAAGGAUCGAACGGUGGCCAGGACAAGCCGGACCACUUCAUUGUCCUCAAGAAGCUUUACAACUCCCAGGUCACCAACCUCAAUAUCAAAAACUGGCCCGUCCACUGCUUCUACAUCAGCGGUGUGCAGCAUCUCACCGUUUCCGGUCUUACCCUUGACAACUCCGAUGGUGAUGAGCCCAACUCUGCCAGUGGAGAUGAUGCAGCUGCUCACAACUCUGACGGCUUUGAUAUCUCUGGCAGUGACUACGUGACCCUGGAGAACAUCGUCGUCUACAACCAGGAUGACUGUGUUGCUGUCACCAGUGGAACUGAAAUUGUGAUUGAUAACAUUUACUGCUCUGGUGGUCACGGUCUGAGCAUUGGCUCAAUUGGCGGCAAGAGCAACAACACUGUCGACACUGUGACUUUCAAGAACUCCCAAAUUGUCGACAGCCAGAAUGGUUGUCGUAUUAAGAGCAACUCUGACACUACUGGUAGUGUCAGCAACAUCGUCUACCAAAACAUCACCAUGUCUGGAAUCUCCGACUACGGUAUCGAUAUCCAGCAGGACUACCUUAACGGUGGCCCCACUGGCGAGCCCACCAACGGAGUCAGCAUCACCGAUGUUACCUUCACCGAUGUGACUGGCGCUUGCACCGACGACGCCUACAACUACUACAUUCUGUGUGGUGAUGACAGCUGCUCCGGUUUCACUUUCACCGACGUUUCGAUCACUGGUGGCGGCGAGACAAGCAGCUGCAACUACCCUUCUAGCGGCUGCCCUUCCUAG